UUGAGUCGGCGUGCGCGUUCAGGUGCACGGCACACACACAUACACACUCUCCUCAUGCAAAAACCACGCACUCAGCUCCGUCUGAAUCAUUGUCCUGCAGCUGCACGGACGGAAUGCGCGCAUAAUCUCAGCGCUCAGCUGCUCUUUCUGCCCAGGGAAGGCACGCAGAGUACUGCCAUGAGCUGUCGUGUCCAGUGACCCGCCAGCGAUGGGAUCUGACCGGCAUACUGAUACGCUCCGCCAGCAGCGUCAGCACCGGGUAGCGCGACAGACGCCAGGACGCCGCCACUUGGCUCUUCGAUAGAGUUGCCCUUUUCUUUGCGUUUUGUAGUAUCCUGACGUCGCGCAUGCGUUGCUGUGUAGUUGAAAUUGCUGGAGCGCUUCUUGAGACUAAGUUUGGGCUGCAGGUGCCUGUCGGUCGAUGAUGAGAGGGAUGCGGAUCGCCGGGGAUCAGUGGCGUGCGGGGAUCUUCUGUCUGCUUGUGCUCGUGGCUUUGACGCUUGGUCGUAGUCCACCAGCGCACAGUGUAAACGAACCAAGCAACAUGUCAUACGUCAAAGUCACUGUGGAUAAACUACUCAAAGGCUACGACAUCCGCCUCAGGCCUGACUUUGGAGGUCCUCCGGUUGAUGUUGGCAUGAGUAUCGACAUCUCCAGUAUCGACAUGGUUUCUGAAGUGAACAUGGACUACACCAUUACCAUGUAUUUCCAGCAGUCCUGGCGAGACAAGCGUCUGUCCUACACAGGGAUUCCUCUUAAUCUUACUUUGGAUAACCGAGUGGCGGAUCAGCUCUGGGUGCCUGAUACUUACUUCAUAAAUGAUAAGAAAUCUUUUGUUCACGGGGUAACAGUGAAGAACCGCAUGAUCCGUCUGCAUCCUGAUGGGACUGUCCUCUACGGCCUCAGGAUAACGACUACCGCUGCAUGCAUGAUGGAUUUACGCAGAUACCCACUGGAUGAGCAGAACUGCACGCUGGAGAUUGAAAGCUAUGGAUACACCACAGAUGACAUUGAGUUCUACUGGCAGGGAGGAAGUUCGGUGACGGGGGUGGACAACAUCGAGCUGCCGCAAUUCUCUAUUAUUGAUUAUAAAACACUGUCUAAGAAAGUGGUGUUCGCCACAGGGUCGUAUCCUCGUCUGUCUCUCAGUUUUAAAUUGAAGAGAAACAUUGGAUAUUUCAUCCUGCAGACCUACAUGCCUUCAACCCUGAUCACCAUCCUGUCCUGGGUCUCCUUCUGGAUCAACUAUGAUGCUUCAGCUGCAAGAGUUGCACUAGGAAUCACCACCGUUCUGACCAUGACCACAAUCAACACUCAUCUUAGAGAGACGUUACCCAAGAUUCCUUAUGUGAAGGCCAUAGACAUCUAUUUGAUGGGCUGCUUUGUGUUUGUGUUCUUGGCUUUACUCGAGUACGCCUUUGUCAACUACAUAUUCUUCGGCCGUGGACCACACUUGCAGAAGAAAGUGGCAGAAAAAGCUGCAAAAAGCAACAAUGAGAAGAGUCGGUUGGAGAGUAACAAAGUUCAGGUUGAUGUUCACGGAAGCAUUCCCCUGACAAACCUUGAUCUGCGACUGAGCGGGGCAGAGAUGUUGGGUGCACUCGGGGACCCAAGAAACACCAUGUUCUCUUAUGACAGUGCCAGCAUCCAAUACCGUAAGCCCCUCACUGGUAGGGACCUUUACGGUCGGCCCACUGCCUCAAUCGAGAGACCUCUGGCACCAAAAAAGAGUCGACUCAGGAGGCGAGCCGCUCAACUGAAAGUGAAGAUCCCAGACCUGACGGACGUAAACGCCAUCGACAAGUGGUCCCGCGUAAUCUUCCCCAUCACCUACACCUUCUUUAAUUUAGUUUACUGGCUUUAUUAUGUCCACUAGAGAGCAGCACCAGCCCCUCACGUCAGGUCAGACCUUUUUAUUCUCCUUGCGGUUUGGACUGUCAGUCAGACAGGAGGAAGAGGUGCGUUCUGUAAAUGAUUCUACUUUAAAUAUAUAGAAUAUUAAUCUACUGUAUAUUAGAAUUUUUAAUUGAGAAGUUAAAAUGACUACCCAAUUUCCAAAGCUGCGUAUUAUGCAGUAACUAUUAGCUUAAAAAGGUCACUGGAUUUUUGCACUUGUCUUCUGUAGGAUCACAGUCACUGAUUGCAGAAAGUACAAUUACAUUGUGGGGAGAAAAUUGACUGCAGAUGACUGCACUGCAGCACUGUUUCAGACAGGAUUGAAAGUAGCAAUUAGAAGGUCUUAAAAAGAUAGUUCACCCAAAGAUUUGAAUUCUGUGAUCCUUUUCUCAUCCUCAAAGUUUCAAAACUUGUCUGACUUUCUUGCGUCAGUUAAACACUUACUAAACUGUUGAUAGUUGAACCAAGUCUUGGUCUAGUUUUUCGUAGCUCGCUUAAAUGAUCUAAGAUGAUUUGACAGAUCCUAGAUCUUUUUAACUUGAUAACUGAUCUCUGGCUAAUUUAGUUCUUCAGACAAGUUUGUGAAUCAGAUUAAAAUGUCUGGAUAAAUUGAUCUGAGAUUGCUGUGUGUGUUGGGACAGGCAGAUCUAUCGAUCCUCGAAAUCAGUAAAAUAUCAGCAUUCUGUGCAUGCUUUCAGUAUUACCUUUGCUUGAAAUGACCCAAUCUAAUCCUGUUUAUAUA